UUUUAUUCACUAGGGACUAGGGUUUCACCUUCACCUACAACUCAAGACAACUCCAGAUUUUAGGGUUUGCUGGCCCCCAAACUCAAAGAGGUCGCAAGAGCAUUGCAAUCGGUCGUUGACGUCGCCGUCUCCUUCCCGCUUCGAAGAUGAUCAUUCCAGAGAAGAAUCGCAGAGAAAUAUCCAAAUACCUCUUUCAAGAGGGCGUGUGCUAUGCCAAGAAAGAUUACAACCUUGCGAAGCACCCGGAGAUCGAUGUGCCGAACCUGCAGGUGAUCAAGCUGAUGCAAAGCUUCAAAUCCAAGGAGUACGUGAGAGAGACCUUCGCUUGGAUGCACUACUAUUGGUAUUUGACCAAUGAUGGCAUUGAAUUUCUUAGGACCUACCUCAAUUUGCCGUCUGAGAUUGUGCCCAACACUCUUAAGCGGGCUGCCCGGCCUGCCCCUGGUGGUCGGCCUUUUGGUGAUCGUCCACGUGGCCCUGCUAGAUUUGAAGGAGAUAGGCCAAGGUUUGGGGAUCGUGAUGGUUAUCGUGGAGGUCCAAGAGGGCCUCCCGGUGAGUAUGGUGGUGACAAGGGAGGAGCGCCGGCUGAGUUCCAACCUUCAUUUAGGGGUUCUGGAGGGAGGCCUGGGUUUGGGCGUGGUGGUGGCAGCUUUGGCGCUGGACCCGCUAGUGGAAGUUUUAGUUGAGGAAUGCUGCUGGUACAAGUUGUUUCAGGUCUCAGUUUUGGGCUUUGGUUGGACUUGACUGGGAAAGGUGAAGUGUUAUGGGUGCCUUGGGAUAAGAAAGUUAAUUAAAUUAGAGGCGGUGUCUUUCUUCUUAUUUCUUAGGGUGUAAUGACUUAUCAAUUCUCAGGGCACUACUUAUGUGUGUUUAAAUUUAGAGUCAAGACAUGAUUGCUGCUAGUGCCGUGAUUAAUAUUUGUGAUUUGAUGAGAAAGGAUUUACCAUUGAUUUUGGUGGAAA